UGGGGUUCCAACGUUCUUGCGAGUGCGUGCGUGUGUGGGUUUGAGGUCUCUCUCUGUCUCAACGGGUUCAACGAAGGUUUGUAUUGAAUCCACUCUCUCAAUGGGGCGAAUGGGCGAUACAUUUCUCGUCCUUUCUUUUCUUUUCUUUUGUGAGGCCUUGUUCAUGUGUAUCGCUUUGUGCGAUUCAUGAUUUACCGUUUUUUUUUUACCAUUUACUGUUUGAGGUUUGUGUUUUGGUUUGCACGUGCAUGUGGGUUGUGUCGGAGGGGGCUUUUUUGUUGGUUCCCUAUCCUUUGUGGGUGUGAAGGCAGUUUAUUUACCAUGGUGAUCUGGGGUUUCUUGGGGCCAUCGGGAAUAUUGCUAUGCACAUGCCUUUUGCUGUACCAUGUUUUGAAUCGUUGUUUAAGUCGUUUUUUAGACUUGCGGUGUCCGCUUGGUUUGCUUGAGGCGGAAUGUCCCGUGGCGUGGUUCGGUAUGUCGGCACCCCACUUGGGGCUAGGCUGGGCGAGGGAACAAGGAGUGGUGAGUUUGUGCAUGGCGGUGGUUCAUAUGCGGGUACAUGUUUAGGCUGUCCGGUUCUUUGUUUUUGAUUUUGGCGCGGAUGGUUGGUGGUAUGGUGGGCUGGGCUUUCG